AUGGAAAAUUAUAGAGAGCAUCUAGUGGAUGCACUUAACAGGAAGUACAGAGGAAAAUUUAGACCGUUUAAAAAAAGCAGAGCAUCGGAAGAUGCAGAAACAGGAACGUACGUGGAGGAGUCGGAAACGGAGCCAUUUGAAGAUCUCGGAAGAGAGACCAUCAGGAAGGGGCAGGCAGCAAUAGUCAUUCUCGCAGGAGGACUGUCCACGAGAAUUGGAAGCUGCGAGCCAAAAUCAAUACUGCCAGUGACGGCAGUCAAAAGUAAAUCACUCCUGCAGCUACACCUCGAAAAGCUGAGGAAGUUAUUCACGCUGGUGGAAGCGGAGAAACACCCAUCAAUAUUCAUACUAACAUGUAGUUUCAACUAUUCACAAAUAGAAACGUUCCUAAAAAGAAAUUCGCACUUCGGACUGGACCCGAAACGUGUAAUAUUGCUGGUACAAAGCAACCUUCCCUGCUUCAUCGGAGACGACUUGGAAUACUCGAGGUACCCGAGCUCAGAACUGAACACGCCGAAGGCAGAGGUCAUAGACUUCUCGAAGAACGAGGAUUUUGACAAUUUCUACACACGGGGGUUCAGACUCGACCUGAAGUACGAGGGAAUCGUGACCUCGCCGAACGGGAACGGGAAUGUGUUCGAAACGCUUCACAAAAACGAGGAGUUUUCGAAAAUACUCCCGACGAUUAAGUGUUUGCACGUGAUAGGAGUGGACAACUGCCUGUCGAAGCCGCUAGACCCGGCGUUCGUGGGAAUGAUGGCGCACACGCAGGGGCUGGACAUGCUGAACAAGUGUGUGCUGAGAAGCCACGGGGAGAACCUGGGCGUGUUCUGCGUCGGAGACUUCCCGAGGAUCAUCGAGUACAGCGAGCUCGACAGGCUCACUGAAAACGGCCUGAAGGACUACGUGUUCUACGGGAACAUUUGCGACCACAUGUUCUCAGGCGACUUCAUGUCGAGGGUUAUGAGUGAGCAGCUCUACAAAAGCAUGCCCCUUCACGCUGCGAAAAAGAGAAUACCAAUCUGGUCUUAUGAAAACGGCCGUUUCGUAUUCCCCGCCGAGUGCAACGGCUAUAAACUGGAGCUGUUUGUGUUCGACGUGAUGGAAUUCACCUCAAAAGUGAUGGUAAGCAGUGCUCGAAUACAUUUAUGUGUUGCCGUUGAAAGGGAUUAUAAUUUUGCUCCACUUAAAACGUCCUGGGACUGCGACAUGUCCAACGAGAAUGCCAUUCAGUAUAAAAUGGAUAGAGUGUUUAAGGCGUGGCUCGGGAGGGUGGAUUGUAGAGUUGAUGGUAUUUGCGAGAUAUCACCGACUCUUAGUUACUCUGGCGAAAACCUAGAGGAGUACAGAGGCAGGCUUCUGAAAGGGCAAGUGUACCUUGAAUAA